ACCGAUACAAGCUUUACCUUGAACUUUAGGUCAUGUCCUACAUGCACUCUUAGCCUCAUUGUUGUCAAAAGAUUUCCAUUCAAUCGGUUGAAGAUAUAAUUUAGUUUCUAGUCAGACUGUUUGUAUCAGAAGACUAAGAUGGCAGAGGAACAAAAAGUUGCACACAGUGGAAGAGUGAUUGUAAUUGCAAUUGAUGACAGCGAAUUUUCAGAGUAUGCAUUUGAUUUUUUUAUGGAGAAUGUUAAACAUGAGGCUGAUAGGAUUAUUCUUGUUAUGGUGCCUGAAUAUAGUUCUGUCAUUGCAUCUCCUGGUAUAUUGACUGAUCCUGUUGUUGUUAAUGAAUUAAUGAAGGAAGAAGACCAUAAGCUUAAAGAAUUGAUCAAUAGAUACAGUGAAAAAAUGAAGAAGGUUCAUCUUGGUGGUAAAGUGAAACAAAUGACAGGGAAAGUUGGUGAAGCUAUUAUUGAAGCAGCUGAUGAAGAGAACGCCACAAUGAUUGUAGUUGGUAGUCGUGGUAUGGGUAAAAUACGUCGUACAUUGAUUGGUAGUGUCAGUGAUUAUGUUAUCCAUCAUUCCCAUGUACCAGUAUUAGUUUGUCGUCAUAAAGAUCACCAUAAAGACCAUGGUCAUCAUCAUUAAUCAAUUUAUUAUCUUAUGAGAUUGGUUUUGACAACAAGGUCAUUGAUUGAUUUUCAAAUUCAAAUACAUUAAAAAUUUAUACUAUCUGUAAUAGUAAAGUUUUUAUGCUCAUCUUGUUUAAAAAAAAAAAACAAGCCAGGCAAUGAAUUUUUAAAUAUUGAAAAUUUCCUUUAUGUUAAUUAGUCUGCCAUUUUUUUAUACCUGCUAUUUUAUAAAAACAAAUGUUUGUAUUCCAAAAUUAAUUCAUUGAGAUCUGU